CGUGGUGCCCCGCGGCCGGCUGGUUCGUCGCGAUGGCGGGAGCUUCAGCGCAGGAGCGCUGUAGAGGCUGCACCUCCGCCAGCUGCGCGUGCGGCGACCGGGGCGCGUGGAGCGAGCCCUCCCUCCUCAGCCGGCGGCUCUCGGGGGGCUCGCCGGGCCGCCGGCUGCUGGAGCAGUGGACGAGCGCGUGGGGCUCCCCGAGCGGGCCCGCGGCGGACGCGGAGCGGACGCGGAGCGGGGAGGCGGCGGCCGCGCGGGACGAGGACCGGCCGCUCGUGUUCCUGUGCGCCGGAUGCCGGCGGCCGCUGGGCGACUCGCUGAGCUGGGUGGCCGGGCCGGAGGCCAGCUGCAUCCUGCUGCGCAGCGUUUCCAGCAACGUUUCUGUGGAUAAGGAGCAGAUACUGUCCAAACGGGAAAACGAGAAUGGCUGCAUCCUGGAGACCCUGCGCUGUGCGGGCUGCGCGCUGUCCCUUGGCUACAUCUACCGGUGCACGCCCGGCCACCUGGACUACAAGAGGGACCUGUUCUGCCUCGGCGUGGGGGCCACGGAGAGUGGUCAGCCUCCUCGGACGUCCAGGAGAAAUGGGGAUUUCACAGCCGGUCGGUAAGGGAGGCCUUGGUGCUCGGUGACAUGGGCACCAGGUCCAGCUGCCUGUGUCUCAACCCCGCCUGGCAUCGUCCUCGCGCUUCCGAGGGCCAGGAAGGGCCGCCCCCGGGUCUCCAGGCAGCCAGGCGGGCUGGGGCCUGGUGGCAGCUCAGUGUCUUAAUGGCCUUCCAGUCCAUGAACCGUUUUAUAGGAAACACGAAGUUAAAUAAAUCCGUUGGCCUCACUGUACCUCCGCUCGUCCUGGGCAGGACGCGGCCUCACCACCUUAAAGAAAGACGCCUCUGAGCCUGCGCGUCUGGACAGACGGACGGACGGACGGACAGAACACGUGAGAGAGGAAGUGCCUGGGCUUUGGUCCUCCCGGGUGUUGUCACUCCAGAGGGGUUUCUUAGAUUUCCUACUUUUAUUACACUUUCUCUUCUAAUUAUGCUCUGAUAAGGGAAACUGGAAAGGCUUCGAUAAACAUUUUAAACCGGGAGCAGUGCGGGCGCGGCUCGUGCUGCAGGCCUGGCGGGAGCGCAGGUCCCCUGUUUCCACGCGCGCAGAGGCCCAGCGAGCGGGCGCCCUUGGUCCCGUGAGGACGUGACACGGAUCCGUGACGAGGGAGGGAGGGGAGGACGCUGUGAAGGCAGGAGCUCUCGGGCUGUGGGGCUGAUGCAGGAUCGAAAGGGACGCGUCUGUGGAAGGAAGUGAGGGGCGGACUCAGCCCGGGACCCACACGGGCGCUGUUCUGGGCAGAACCCUAAGGCGAGGAGCCUGGUUGGUUUCAGCCGUGGGCGCCCUCCGCCACGGGCACUGACCGUUUCGAAAAUCCCUCGGUGCCUCUUCAGUUUCCCGCCUCAUCGUCCUUCCUCCAAACAGCUGGUUAGUGCCCGCAGUCCCGCCUCCGUCAGUUUUUAGACCUUUCAUCAGCCGGGCUUCCCAGACAGGCCGCGCUGAUUCCAUCAGAGGAGUGACGGGAGGCUGCUGCAGGGGACGGCAGGCUGUGCUGACUGAGUGCAACGGAGCCCCUUUUCUGGGAGCUCCUGGCCCAUCCCCCUCACUGCUGAGAGUUUGUGGGUUCCCGGCUCUGCUGCUACGCCCCUGCCGGCCAGUCCGGCUCUUCACCUUCUCUGGACCGGCGUCUCGGCCCCGGGAGGCCAGCAGGGAGCAGUGAGGUGACUGUGGGAGCUGCCAGGUUUGACCGGACAGAUUACUAUUCACUAAAAUGCCGACGUGGGAGCGCACGUUCCCGGGUGUCACAUACAGAAACUUGGCAGCAGGACUUUGAACUGUGAGCGCUAAUGCUUUGCCGCCGGCUUAUGCCCAUCAUGCAGGGCCGUCGCAUUGGGGGAUGUUUAGGACUGUCUGGACCACUCUUGCAUGGCGGGAAACGUGAUGUUAGGUGGGACAGCUUUCGAUGGGCUGGGAACAGAAACAGCUCUGUGUGUUCACUGGGUGCUGACACGUAGUGUAAUAGACUUAGAACUGAAACAUUGUUCGCGA